GCAUCCCAUCGCACAGGAGAGGAGAGCUCUCACCGGCGGGCGGCGGCGGCGGCGGCGGCGGAGAAUCAGCAGAGAUGCCGCACCGCGCUCGCCCCAUGACGGGGCUGCUGGUGUUCAUGGGCGUCAACGUCGUCCUCCUUAGCACCAUCACGCCCGUCUACGACUUCGUCUGCUUCCAUCCCUACUGGGACCGCAGGAGAGAACGCCGUGCAAGGGAACGUGAAGCGCUGCAGGUCAAGGGUUCUCUAGAAACUGCAAAAUAAACUUUACUAGGUAUAAGCUUACAUUGUUAGUUUAUCACACCCUCGAUUGUUCAUUUAUGUCGGAUGGUGAAAGUUUGA